AUGAACGAUCCGGAGCUCACGCCGAUCUCCAAGGCGCAGCAGCGAAUGGCUUCGGCUUUACCCGGGGAGGAGAGCCCUCUGUCCGGCAGCGUGUGCAGACCCGAGCGCAACGGGAUCUUCUUCAUCCACUGCUUCGUCUGUGGGAGCGGGGUGACCCCGGGGAAAGAGCUGAGCCUACAGGUAAAAUACCAACGAGAAAAAGAUGGCCCGUUUUUCCCUUUCCUGCAAGGCCAGGACCCGGCUCCUGGCGCUCCGGAGAUCAGUCCGGAUGGGGACGCUCUGGUGUGCGCUGUGUGCCACUGCUUCCUGCGCGAACAGUGGAACUCAUUCGAGCGCAACAGGACGCCGAUCGAGAAGCGCAUGUACUGGCUCAAGAGACCAUACCAGUGCGACUUACGGAACUUUACAUACGAUCUGGAGAGAAGAAUGAGCGUUAGCAAUUACGACGCCAAUGAGUCGGACAUUUCCUCAUUCUCUGAUAAUGACCUGUCCGAGCAGGACUUGGACCUGUCAGCGUGUGUAAUGAAUAGCAAUAAUGCUAAUAAAGCAUCAAGAGAAAGCAGUAGAAAGAACACCGUGAGUGUUAAGAGCAGUCCUGAGUCAGUGCGAUAUCCGACCAGAGUUUACACAGGUCAGGACGUACCGAAAUCAGAUCGGCGUCCGACUAAAAUUAUCAAUCACACAUCGCAUUCAUCCGUGUCCAUGGCUCUCCAGCAGUAUGACAGUCUAUCAAUGCGCACACCGCUGCAGGAUAACGGCAUCAUUACGUGCGAUAAGCAGUGGAUACAUGCGUCCACCGGUGAUUCGGAGGCGCCUGACAGCUGCGAUAUCAACAUCACCAGCGAUGACGAGAGAGAGCACGCAGCAUCAUCUCACUUAGAUGUAGAGAGGAGCCAAGCAGCCAAAUGUCGCUCCAGUGAAUGUGCCUGUUAUAUUUGUGGAAGCAGGCUUCCAGAAGGAGGCCGCUUCAGGGUGUUUGUACAAAAGCAGGAGAGAGCGUCCAGUGAACCAUUCUUCCCUUUUCUGUGGCUCCAUACCCCUCCACCUGGUGCAGUGCCCCUUAGCCUGGGUGGAUACACUCUGGUGUGUACUACUUGCCACUCCUCCCUCAUGCAGCAGUGGCAAGGGUUCGAGCUUGCAGAUGUUCCUGUUCUCCAGCGACUCUAUGUGGUGCCCCUCAACACAGGUGCUGCAACCCCUCUUUCUCCACCUACCAUGAAUGAAUGUGGGGAUGGACUCCCAAAAAUCCAUCCGCUCCCCUCCAUGCCACAGAAUCGCAGGGAGGCCUGCUACCUAUGUGGAGAGCACUGCGGUCGAGAGGUCAGGAUGGCAUACACCCAUGUUGGUGCAAGUAAAGCCCGCAGUGCAAUGUAUUUUCCAUUCAUAAAUUUGCUACCAUGCCCUCCAAAUGCUCAGAGAAUGCGGAAUGGAAGGGUACACUGCUGUGUCGCGUGUCACAGCAUCUUGGAAGGGAUCUGGGCAGAGUACUGCCUCUGUCUAAGCGAGGAGCUCAUUACUUCCGUCACCACAUUCCUUGAGAGAUACCACCUGGCCAUGGGAAGGGGAGGAGUCUUGGUAUCCCCCCCCAGAGGACCCCUGUCGACCCCUUCUCAGAAUGCCACAACAACCGCAAGCCACACCUCCAUCUGUUACUUGUGUGGCGAGGAGCUGUCUGGAGGAACCGAGUAUCAUCUUCAUGUUAACCCUCCAGGGCGUUGUGGGGAAAGAGAACCCUUUUUUCCCUUUCUAACUGUCCACCCUCCCGCUCCCCGUGCCCGCCCUGCUGAUGCCACAGGCCUUGUGUCUGCCUGUGCACUGUGCUAUCAUGACCUGCUGGGCCAGUGGACCCAACAUGAGAGUCAGGGCUCAGAAUCAGGCCCGUCCAGCAGCCCCUGGGCACGUCAGUAUAACUGCAACACUUUCAUCUGCUUCUUCUGCAGGAAAGAGAAGAAGAGACCUCUUGGACUGAAGGCAGUGUGCGUUGACCGCUUGCCUGUUUUCCUCUAUGCUCCAAGGGUCAGCCAGACCCUGGUAACUGACAAUGGCAAGCAGUUAACAAUUGGCUCCUGUGUGGAAUGUAAGUCCAUGGUGCUGGCUGGGCAGAACAUGAAACCGGUUAGUGGAAUCACACAAAACAAGGGUUUGAUGGUGGUGGAGGAGUCAGCCAGCAGCAGUAAGGAUGCAGAGACCAGACCACCAAUAGUCACUGUGGCAGAAGUGUCAGAGCAAGACCACACUACAUCAUUCGAACCCAGAAUGGCUUCUGCUACCUCACCGCUGCAUAGCCUGAAAGUGGAAAAGGCAGACAGCUCAGUACCCAGCAUGAGCCAUGAGCCAAAGUCACCAUCAUUAGGCAUGAUUUCCACAGCGACCCGCACCACAGCGACAGUCAGUCCCCUCACCCCAUCUCCCCUCAACAGUUCUAUUGUGACCAAUGGCAGUCCUGCAUCUCAGUCCGCCCACUCGGGAUUUGCCGCAGCUCUCCGCAAGCUGGCCAAGCAGGCAGAGGAACCCAGAGCAGGAUCUUCCAUCAGCAGCGAAUCAUCUCCUGUCUCAUCUCCGGCCACUAACCACAGCUCCCCAGUUAGUACGCCCAAGCGAGGCCCCAUGGGUCCAGUUAUAGUGCCUCCUGGGGGCCACAGCAUACCCAGUACCCCACCUGUUGUCACCAUAGCACCCACCAAAACCGUCAACGGCCUGUGGAGGAGCGAGAGCCGAACUGUACGAGAGGCUGAGUCAGGUCCUCGCGGAGUCAGCCGGGACAGGUUAAGUUCAGAGGCUUCUUCUACACAAGAGAAAGGUGGUCCCACUGUACCGGCCCAACUAAUUGGAAACCCUUACGCAUUUGGCUUGACACCCGUGUCAGUGAUGCAGGACUCGCGCUUUCAGCCUCUUAACCUGCCCCGUCAGAUGCCCCAUGCCGUGCCCCCGGCCAGUGUUCCUGAAGAAUAUCUGAGGGGGUUUCGUCCUUACGCCACAGCUGAGGAGCUCCGCAUGCCCUCUUUACCCCUGGGACUUGAUCCUGCCACCGCUGCAGCUGCUGCUGCCUACUACCACCCUGGAUAUCUGCCCCACCCCUCCUUCUCACACUACAGAAUGGAUGAUCCAUUCUGUCUGUCAGCGCUGAGGUCGCCGUUCUAUCCACUGCCUGCAGGGGGUGCUCUACCUCCUCUUCACCCGUCUGCAGUACACAUGCACCUGCCUGGGGUGCGUUACCCUGGAGACCUAAGCCACCCCUCACUGUCCAGCCUACAGUCGGAACGCUUGUCAGAGAGACUCCAGAUGGAGGACGAGCUGCGACUGAGAGAAAGAGAGCGCGAGCGGGAAAAAGAACGAGAACGAGAGGCUGAGCGAGAAAAAGAGCGUGAGCGAGAAAGGGAGAGGGAGAGAGAGAGAGAGAAGGAGCUGGAGCGUGAGAGAGAGAGGGAGAGAGAAAGGGAAAAAGAGAGAGAACGUGAAAGAGAGAUGGAGCGACAGAAGGAGAGGUCAGCACGAGAGAAAGAGAGCCACUAUCUGGCUGAGCUUCAUGGGCUGAGAGUUCCCCCAGAUGACAGAGCCAAACCUGCAGACAGAAUCACUACAAACAGACCUGAUAAAACCAAAGAGCCCAUCCUUGCAACCUCUAAACCAAUCCAGCCUGGACUUCACCAUUCUCUAAACUCCACCCAUCACCCCGUGCCCAGCCUUGUCUCUGCUCAUGGCAUGUAUCUGGGCCCUGGAGGGGUGGGACCUGCCAGUCUGACAGCGGCCACCAUGCUGCAGCGCACAAAUGAGGAAGAGCGCUGGUUGGCCCGGCAACGGAAGCUAAGGCAAGAGAAAGAGGACAGGCAGUACCAGGUUUCAGAGUUCCGUCAGCAGGUCCUAGAGCAGCACCUGGACCUGGGCAGACAGGGGGAAAUUGCAGACCUGCAUAUAGAGGGACACAGACCUAUACCAGACCAUCACGAGCCCAACAGCAGAGAUCGUGAGAGAGACAGAGAUGCCCAUCCUCUCCUGGGAGCUCCGCCCCCUCUCAUCUCCCCAAAACACCAGCACAAAGACCACGCUCCCCCACCACCAACCACACUUUGGAACCCUGCAUCGCUUAUCGAGACCUCCACCGACUCUAGACGCACCUUGCAUGAGCCCCAGAGUCUGGGUCACUAUGAUGUUAGUCGGCUUUCCCUACCCCCCUCCAAACAUGAACGCCAUUACAACUUUGAAAAGCUGGAAGAGGGAUUUCGGAAAAGGGACAGUCUGGAUAAAUAUCCUCCCAUCCAGCCCAGUGGGUUCUCUGAGUCCAACACUUUCCUAGUGGAGCUGGAAAAAUCCACCCAUAGCUUCCUGAAUCAUCAGAGGGCACCACUGAGUAUGGCAGGGCCAUAUGGAGAGCUGAGUGCAGGCCUGAAGUCCAGCGGGUGUUUUAAGAGCCUCCAGGGGCAUUCACGUCUUGCACCAGAUGCCAUGUUAGUGUACGAUGAGUUCCUGCAGCAGAACAGACAAGCUGUCAGCAAACUUGACUUGGAGGAGAAAAGACGCAGAGAAGCCAGAGAGAAAGGUUAUUACUAUGAGCUGGAUGACUCUUAUGAUGAGAGUGACGAGGAAGAGGUGCGAGCUCAUCUCAGGAAGGUCGCAGAACAGCCACCACUCAAACUAGAUGAUUCCGCUGAGAAGGUGGAGUUUCUGCAGAUGUUUGACCUGAUGACUCUGGCCCGUCGGGAGGAAAUGAUGGAGGUGAAGAGGAGGAAGAGGAGGCGCAUGCUGAGAGAGAGGAGUCUUUCCCCGCCAGCUGUUCAGACCAAGCGGCCUACUCCUGCCCCCCUAAUAACCCGCUUCACCCCAGAGGACAUGAACAACAGCCCUGAACUAGAGGAAAAGAAAUGCUUCCUCACCAUCUUCAGCCUCAACCACGUCACUCAGCAGCAGAGAAGAGAUAAUGAGAGGGUUGAGAAGUUGUUGAAGGCCAUAAAACAAAAGAGCGUGACUCUAGACAGCAUCAGACACAACCCUCACCCGCUGUGCAGGAGCCCUGCAGCCCUAUGCUCAGACCUGUCAUCUACAAUCCAAUCUGAUGAGCUGCUGAAUGGACGGCCUCCCAGUCCCUCCCCCUCUGUGUCUGUGCCCCAACCCCAAGCGGAACCCCUCUCGCACUUGGAUCAGCACAGAUCUCUCUCAGAUCCCUUAAGACUGAAAGACUCUUCCUUGCCUGCUGCAUUACCUGACAAAUGUCGAGUCAAUGACAGCAUCCCAGGCAAGAGCUCUAGUCUACUGAACAGUGUGCGACAGCCCCCGUUCACUAAAGAAAGUUCUGUUAAUGUCAACGGAAAGACCAAACCCUGGGAGAGUUUCAUUGCUGAGGAGUUUGCCCAGCAGUUCCACGAAUCAGUACUGCAGUCCACCCAAAAAGCCCUGCAGAAGAGUAAAGGUGGUGCCUUGGUCAUGUCAGAACAGAACAACGCAGUAGAUUCAUCUGUGCAUUAUAACAUUCCUGAGCUCCAGAGCACACCAGGCCGGUCCAAACCCCACCCACACCCUCCUUCAUUGCAGCCCAAUGGACAGCACUGCCCCCCACAGCCUUCCCGCCAGGAGCUCUCCACAGAGGAGUCUGAGGAAGAGGUUGAGGAUGAGGAAGAUGACACAGAGGAGGACGAGCCCACAACAUCUAGGUGGCAGGGCAUUGAAGCCAUCUUUGAAGCGUAUCAAGAUUAUGCAGAAGAGCAAAGCAUUGAGCGACAAGUUCUCCACAGUCAGUGCAGACGGCUGGAAGUGCAUCACUAUAAUCUCAGUCUAACUGCUGAACAGCUCUCACACUCAAUGGGGGAGCUGAUGGCUCAGAAGCAGAAGCUUGCGGCUGAGAGGGAGAACCUACAGGCAGAGCUGGAGUACUUUAAGAAGUGCCUGAUGCUGCCACAGAGCCCCUGGUCUAGGAGUCACUUCAAGGGCUAUCCACCCAGGUGACACCGACCAACCACUCAAACAACCUCCCACAUCCCUUACAAACCCCCAAACCCAGACCCAUGUUCAGGCCACUCCGAGAGCCUGGAUAGUGAUGGUGAGAAACAGAACAUCUGGCCCACAAAUUUGCCAUCCCUUGUGAUGCCAUCCUGUGGGCAAAAUCACGCAUGAACACGUCAAAGCCUCUGAAUGCCUCCAGCUCGCAGGGACAGCCAUACUGCAUCGUAGAGAGAAGAAUGCCAGUCGAAAUGCAGCUCAGCCCAUCUGCCAUCUCUUUACCAUGGAGGUCACGCCUAGAAAUGCACUUAAAGACAA